AGUGCCUAUGGCUCUUUGCAUGCAUCCCACCGAUGUUACUGCGUCCGUCGGAACUUGUUUUUAUUUCUCCACUCCGCAAAGACGAAUCCUCCCUCUACGUUCUCGCACCCUGUGGCUGCGAGGGAUAUCCUUGUUAUAAUCUUGUACUCCCGUUAUCUGUUUAAUGCGCGCCCUGCCUUUCGCGUUUGCUGGGUCUCUGCGCCUUCCCACCUAUGUGGCCCAUGAGCCGGCUUCAUUGUACAUAUAUCUAUUGUCUUUUUGGGUUUCCGUUAUACGGCGGUUCGAAUAUUCCCCAGCUGGUCUUGAUGUAUCUAUGUCUUUCCUAUGUUCUUUUCAUUCCCAAUUUGUGGAAGAAAGGUUAUUUUGCGCUUCAUGCAAAAAGCGCAGAGGAAAGAAGCAUUUCUCAAAGAAGAAACGGUUAAAGAAAAUGGGAGGAAGCGAGAUGCGUUUGAUGGUUUGAUGCCUCUCCUAUGUAUGUUAUCUAAAUGAAACAUCAUCACAUAACCAUGUUCAUCUCUAUCCUCCUCUAAGCUAUCGUUGAAGGGAAACAGUAUUAUAU